GGAACUCGAUUACGCUGGCGCCGCCUCAGUGAGAGGCGACGAACCAGCAGGUGCGGAUGUAACGAAUAUGCGCAGGAGAACAGCGACGCUCUGCUGGAUUCUCCUGGGCCUUGGUGUCAUGUGUGCGGCGGACAAGGAUAAAAAGGCCACCAAGGAAACAGUCAAGAAAGGAUCAGGUGACCCUUACUGGUGCGGACCAAAGUUGGAGGAGGUGUGUUACGAGGGCGACUCCAAGGAGGACAAGGGCUGGAACGUGGACGACAGCGACAAGGGCAAGCAGAAGAACGAGAACAAGGAUAAGAAGGAGAAGCCGAUGGAGGAGAACAAAGAGGAGCAGAAAAAGGAGGACAAAAAGACGACCGUAAAGCCGGUACCAACCACCACGGAGAAACCCAAAGCGUGCCAAAAGGACUUCGACAGCGGUCCGUGUUUCAGCUCGAAGCCCAUGUACUACUACCGCAAAGAGAGCAAGAAGUGCGAGAUGUUCGUCUACGGAGGAUGCGGUGGCAACGACAACCGCUUCGACACGCAGAAGGCCUGCGAAGAGAGGUGCGCCCGCGGGUGAAGGACUACAAGACUGUGCGCAAAAAAGAUGGUGACGACAGAACUGUAUAGUGAACGACGAAGGUCGUGUCCACUUUACACUGGUUUCGGUAUUUCUUAACGGAGCUCCGGAAGAUUUCCCUUACACAAUUUUUGGGGCAGUCUCUACAAAUUAUUUAGAUUACACACUCUAUGCACAGAAUGUGGAAUGUGUACUUUUUGUCGCAGAUCAUCUAUACACUUGGUGCAACGAACCCAGUUGGGGCUCACUCGAUCAAUACAAGUAAACCUAAAUAGGCUGGUAACGACUUUUGUUUGUGAAGAAUCUCUGCUUAUUUUCUAGAAAUAAAGGUACGAGAGCGCAAAUAAAUCUGUGUGUAUUCCGC